AUGGCCUUUGGCACACUUUGGGGUUUGGUAGCUUGUCACUCCUUCGGUAGUCACGGCAUGCGCGUGUCUUUCCCCGUGCGCCAGAUACUCCGCCUUCUUAGCCAGUCGAUAUCUCGCAAUAUCGAGCGCCUGAGUUACGCCCAACGGUUCCAGGCAAGAAAAUUGAUCAAUACUCUUUCCUCUCCCGGUCAUCCCAGUACUGGCUACCUUGUCAGUGACGCAGACGACCUAUUGAGGUUAUUUGACGCCGAUUAUGGGGUUUUGGUCGUCGGAGAUGGCGCUAAAGUUCUGGGUCCUAACCAACACGGGCAAGACAUACUCAUUGUGGCCGAGUAUUUGCGCUUGAAGCAUGCGAUUCAAGCCUCUCAAUCUGUUCACAGCGAUUUCUCAGACUUGAACCUUUCCACAGGUCUAGAGAUCAUAGCAGGGCUUCUCUACGUCCCUCUAUCUACCAGUGGCCACGAUUUUAUCGCCUUCUUGCGCAAGGGCCAGCUUCGCUCCGUACGCUGGGCAGGCAAGCCCCGGACGAAGGACGACCCAACCCCGACCCUUGAGCCUAGGAGCUCGUUCAAAAUAUGGUCGGAAACGGUCGCUGGAAAGUGCAGAGCUUGGACCGAUGAACAAUUAGAAACGGCUGGCGUCUUGGCACUAGUUUACGGAAAAUUCAUCGAAGUAUGGAGGCAGAAACAAGAGGCUCUCCACGCGACGAGGUUAACCAACAUACUGCUGUCGAAUGCUAGUCAUGAAUCCCGUACUUCGUUGAACCAUAUCAUAAAUUACCUAGAGAUGGCGAUGAAUGGCCAGCUAGAUGGGGAGACCAGGGAUAAUCUAAGUCGCUCGCAUGCUGCUUCAAAGAGUCUGCUCUUUACCAUCAACGACCUUCUCGAUCUGACGCGGCUGGAGAGUGGCAACGAGACCUCUUUUCACGAAGUCUUCAACUUGUCUGAAGUUGUGCGGGACGCCGCCUACCUAUACAGCAAGGAAGCGGAACGUCGUGGCAUCGCUUUUGCCGUUGACGUCUCCGAAUGCCCGACAUUUGUCAUUGGAGAUGCAAAGAAAGUUAAGACUGUCAUCCAGAAUCUAACUGCCAAUGCUUUGAAAUUCACUGAGAAGGGAAGCAUCGAGGUUUCUUGCGCAAGAUAUAUGGAACCAGAGGGUCUUCGGAGUGCGGGCCAGAUGGCCGUCAAUAUUGUUGUGUCUGAUACAGGGUGCGGCAUCGCUCCGGAAAAACUCGAGUCCAUGCUACGGGAGUUUGAGCAAGUUGAAAUUGAACAACCAAAGUCUAGCGCUGGUCUUGGGCUCGGGUUGGCGGUAGUCGCGAGAAUAGUAGAGCAGCUAGGCGGCCAGCUGCGAGUGAAUUCCAAGGUGGACGAAGGAAGUCGAUUCUCCUUCUUGAUGCCAUCUACAUUCGCUGGCGACGACCAACACACCAGUUCCUCUGGUUCUUCAAGGUCAUCUCUUCAGUCGUCCUGCCCUAGGUCGCGAAACAGAAGCCGUAGCUCGAAGGGCAGCGAACUAGAACGUCUUGUCGAAGCCAUAUCCACGCAUCACAUGCACCCACAAUCGUUGUCUCCACGCAGCUCUGUACCAGAUUCCUCCCUGCCUCGACCAGUGAAGAUCGACGAUGGACAGAUGGACGUCGUCACGCUUCCUGUGGAACAUGCCAAUUCUAAAUCGUUGCCCGUACCACUGCUGAUUCCCUCCAAGGAGCAUCACACCCCAUCUCAGGCGCCAGAGCAACUCAGAAUUCUAGUCGUAGAGGAUAACGAUAUAAAUCGCGUCAUCCUUUCGAAGCGUCUGCGAAACGAUGGCCACGCCGUGGUGGAUGCUACAAACGGCCGCGAAGGCCUUGAUCAAGUGGAGGCUGACCGCGAGUUCGAUCUCAUUCUAAUGGAUAUCCAAAUGCCCAUACUCAACGGCUUCGAAGCUACGCAGAGCAUCCGAGCGCUUGAGACGGAAGAUAUGGGUAUGAGACGCCCCAUGCGCGUUUCCCACCAACUUAACGGUCGACUGCCGAUAUUUGUUGUCUCUGCGACGCUCACCGAGCACCAACACGACGAACUCGUUAAUUACGGCGUAGACGGGUGGAUUCUGAAGCCCAUCGACUUUAAGCGGCUCAGGACGAUUAUGAAAGGCUUGACGGACCUUCGUCAGCGGCGGUCGGAUUUAUACGAGCUGGGACGCAGCUGGGAAGCAGGCGGCUGGCUCCGUCGAGCAUCGGCAUAG